GAAGGUAGAAAGGGAGUGGUGCGAAUGGAUGUGAGGAGGAAGGCAAGACAGCGCAGCCCUCAGUCCCCACCCAGCCCCGGCCAGGAGGUGGCCGGCAGUGCUCGCCCCAACCCCGUCUGCCUUUUGAUGCUCAGCCUUAAGCUUCAUCCAUCUAUACGCCCUUCAGCCAGAGCCUCUGGGGAGAGAGAAAGCGGGAGAGAAAAGUGAGAGAGGCAAACAGAGGGGGAAGAAGGAAAGAGGAGAGAGAAGAGGGGAAGGGGGGGACUCCCGCUCACUCGCUCCCUCUCCCUUUUUGACUAAGUUGCUCCUUGGGCCGCCUUGACUUCCCACAUUGGACUCGGCGGAGGCCGAGAAGGUAGAGCAAGCGAGGCACCGCCGCCCCACGGCGGGGGGGCGGCUACCGACGAGGACAAACCGCCGCCGAGCCCCAGGCAGAGCCCUGCUGGAUGUCAGCGGAGAGAUGGCCGUGAGCUCAGCCCGGUGCUCAGUCCUGACGCUGUGGCUCCUCUGGGGCGCUGCGUGCGCCGCCGUGGCAGCCGGGAACCACAACGCUUUUCCCUUUGACAUUGAAGGGAGCUCAGCGGUCGGCAGACAAGACGCGCCCGAGACGAGCGAGCCCCGCAUGGCUCCCGGGAGGCUGCCGCCUGCUGCCAAGAAAUGUGGUGCUGGAUUCUUUCUCGCCCAGUCAGGAGAAUGUAUGCCUUGUGGCUGCAACGGUAACUCUGAUGAGUGCUUGGACGGCUCUGGAUUCUGUAUGCACUGCCAGCGCAACACGACAGGAGAGCACUGUGAGAAAUGUCUAGAUGGUUAUAUCGGAGAUUCCAUCAGAGGACCACCCCGGUUUUGCCAGCUGUGUCCCUGUCCCCUACCCCACGUGGCCAAUUUUGCAGAAUCCUGCUAUAGGAAAAACGGAGCCGUUCGGUGUAUUUGUAAAGAAAAUUAUGCUGGACCUAACUGUGAAAGAUGUGCCCCCGGUUACUAUGGAAACCCCUUGCUGAUUGGAAGCACCUGUAAGAAAUGUGACUGCAGUGGAAAUUCAGAUCCCAACCUGAUCUUUGAAGACUGUGAUGAGGUCACCGGCCAGUGUAGGAAUUGCCUACGCAACACCACGGGAUUCAAGUGUGAACGCUGUGCCCCUGGUUACUAUGGGGAUGCCAGGACAGCCAAGAACUGUGCAGUGUGCAAUUGCGGGGGAGGCCCAUGUGACAGCGUAACCGGAGAAUGCUUGGAAGAAGGUUUUGAACCCCCUACAGGCAUGGACUGCCCAACCAUAAGCUGUGAUAAGUGCAUCUGGGACCUGAUUGAUGACCUUCGAUUAGCAGCCCUCUCGAUUGAAGACAGCAAAUCUGGUCUGUUGAGUGUCUCAUCCGGUGCGGCUGCUCAUAGGCACGUGAAUGAACUCAACUCCACCAUCUUCCUCCUCAAAACAAAAUUGUCAGAAAGAGAAAACCAGUAUGUCCUAAGAAAGAUACAAAUCAACAAUGCUGAGAACACAAUGAAAAGCUUUCUGUCUGACAUGGAAGAAUUAGCUGAAAAGGAAAGUCAAGUCUCAAGAAGGGGCAAGCUGACCGAGAAGGAAAGCAUGGAUACCAUUAACCACGCAACUCAGCUUGUGGAGCAAGCUCAUGAGAUGAGGGAUAAAAUUCAAGAGAUCAACAACAAGAUGCUCUAUUAUGGGGAGGAGCAGGAACUUACCUCUGAGGAAAUCUCUGAGAAGCUGGUGUUGGCCCAGAAGAUGCUUGAGGAGAUCAGACGCCGUCAACCAUUUCUCACACAAAGGGAGCUAGUGGAUGAAGAAGCAGACGAAGCCCAUGAACUGUUGAACCAGGCUGAGAGUUGGCAGCGGCUGUCCAAUGAUACUCGCUCUCUAUUCCCUGUCGUUCUGGAGCAGUUGGAUGACUACAGUGCUAAGUUGUCAGACCUCCAGGAAUCACUGGACCAGGCUCUUGACCACAUCAGGGAUGCCGAAGACAUGAACAGAGCCACGGCAGCCAAGCAGCGGGACCACGAGAAACAACACGAGAGAGUGAGGGAACAAAUGGAAGGGGUGAACGGUUCUCUGAAGACGUCUUUGGAUUCUCUGACAACACCUCGUCUGACCCUUUCAGAACUUGAUGAUACAAUAAAGAAUGCAUCAGGGAUUUAUGCGGAAAUAGAUGGAGCCAAAAAUGAACUACAAGGAAAACUAUCCAACCUAAGUAACCUUAGUCAUGAUUUAGUCCAAGAAGCUGUUGACCAUGCACAGAACCUUCAACAAGAGGCUGAUGAAUUGAGCAGGAAUUUGCACAGUUCAGAUAUGAAUGGGCUGGUGCAGAAGGCUUUGGAUGCUUCAAAUGUCUAUGAAAAUAUUGUCAAUUAUGUUAGUGAAGCAAAUGAAACGGCAGAAUUGGCUUUGAAUAUCACUGACCGAAUUUAUGAUGCUGUGAGUGGGAUUGAUACUCAAAUCAUUUACCAUAAGGAUGAGAGUGAGAACCUCCUCAGUCAAGCCAGAGAACUGCAAGCCAAGACAGAUCCUAGCAAUGAUGAGGCAGUAGCUGACACCAACAGGCGUGUGGAUGGAGCCCUAGCAAGGAAGAGUGCUCUCAAAAACAGAUUGAAUGAUGCCAUUAAGCGACUACAAGCCACAGAGAGAGGUGACGCUCAGCAGCGCCUGGGUCAGUCGAAGCUGAUCACGGAGGAGGCUAACAAGACCACAAUGGAAGUCCAGCAGGCAGCCGCCCCCAUGGCUAACAAUCUAACCAACUGGUCGCAAAAUCUUCAGAGUUUUGACUCUUCUGCUUACAACACUGCAGUGAACUCUGCCCGAGAUGCAGUAAGAAAUCUGACAGAGGUUGUCCCUCAGCUCCUGGAUCAGCUCCGCACCGUAGAACAGAAGCGGCCUGCGAGCAACGUCUCUGCCAGCAUCCAGAGGAUCCGGGAGCUUAUUGCUCAGACCAGGAGCGUGGCCAGCAAGAUCCAAGUCUCCAUGAUGUUUGAUGGCCAGUCAGCAGUUGAGGUGCACCCCAAAACCAGUAUGGAUGACUUAAAGACCUUCACGUCCCUGAGCCUGUACAUGAAACCUCCCCCCGUGAAGCAGCCAGAGCUGGCUGGGGCUACAGACCGCUUCAUCCUAUACCUCGGAAGCAAACAUGCCAAAAAAGAAUACAUGGGUCUUGCAAUCAAAAACGAUAACCUGGUAUACAUUUAUAAUUUGGGAGCUAAGGAUGUAGAGAUUCCCCUGGACUCCAAACCCAUCAGUUCCUGGCCUGCCUACUUCAGCAUUGUCAAGAUUGAAAGGGUAGGAAAACAUGGAAAGGUGUUUUUGACAGUCCCAAGUCUAAGUAGCACUGCAGAGGAAAAGUUUAUUAAAAAGGGAGAAUUUGCGGGAGAUGACUCCUUGUUGGAUCUGGACCCUGAGGACACUGUGUUUUAUGUUGGUGGCGUGCCUUCAAACUUCAAGCUCCCAGCAAGCUUAAACCUGCCUGGCUUCGUUGGCUGCCUGGAAUUAGCCACUUUGAAUAAUGAUGUGAUCAGCUUGUACAACUUUAAGCACAUCUAUAACAUGGAUCCCUCCAAGUCAGUACCCUGUGCCAGAGAUAAACUGGCCUUCACUCAGAGUCGGGCCGCCAGCUAUUUCUUCGAUGGCUCUAGUUACGCCGUGGUAAGGGAUAUCACAAGGAGGGGGAAAUUCGGUCAGGUGACUCGCUUUGAUAUAGAAGUUCGAACACCAGCUGACAAUGGCCUUGUGCUCCUGAUGGUCAAUGGAAGUAUGUUUUUCAGCUUGGAAAUGCGCGAUGGUUACCUACAUGUGUUCUAUGACUUUGGAUUUAGCAAUGGCCCUGUGCAUCUUGAGGACACAUCAAAGAGAGCUCAAAUUAAUGAUGCAAAAUACCAUGAGAUCUCAAUCAUUUACCACAACGAUAAGAAAAUGAUUUUGGUGGUUGACAGACGACAUGUCAAGAGCAUGGACAAUGAAAAGAUGAAGAUACCUUUUACAGACAUAUACAUUGGAGGGGCUCCCCCAGAAAUUUUACAAUCCAGGACCCUCAGAGCGCACCUUCCCCUAGAUGUCAACUUCAGAGGAUGCAUGAAGGGUUUCCAGUUCCAAAAGAAAGAUUUCAAUUUAUUAGAGCAGACAGAAACCCUGGGAGUUGGUUAUGGAUGCCCAGAAGACCCUCUUAUAUCUCGCAGAGCAUAUUUCAACGGGCAGAGUUUCAUUGCUUCAGUUCAGAAAAUAUCUUUCUUCGAUGGCUUCGAAGGAGGUUUUAAUUUCCGAACAUUACAGCCAAAUGGGCUACUAUUCUAUUAUGCUUCAGGAUCGGAUGUGUUCUCCAUCUCGUUGGAUAACGGCACUGUGGUCAUGGAUGUCAAGGGAAUCAAGGUGCGGUCGGCCGAGAAGCAGUACGAUGACGGGCUGUCCCACUUCGUCAUUACCUCUGUCACACCCGCAAGAUAUGAACUGAUAGUAGAUAAGAGCAGACUUGGGAGUAAGAACCCUACAAAAGGGAAAAUGGAACAGACACAAGCUGGUGAAAGGAAGUUUUACUUCGGUGGCUCACCCAUCAGUCCCCAGUAUGCUAAUUUCACUGGCUGUAUAAGUAAUGCCUACUUUACCAGGUUGGAUAGAGAUGUGGAAGUCGAAGAUUUCCAGCGAUAUUUGGAAAAGGUGCACACUUCUCUUUAUGAGUGUCCUAUUGAGUCUUCGCCUUUGUUCCUCCUCUACAAAAAAAGGAAAAAUUCCUCAAAGCCUAAAACAAGUCAGAAUAAAAAGGUAAAUAAUAAUGCUGUGCCAAAUUCUCAACUGCCCUCGCAUUCCAUGCACACAUCUAGACACUGA